CCUGUUAGUGGUUUGUAUGAACAUUUAUUUAUAUUUUACGUUCUCCCCCCUUCUGUUUGAACUACUUCAACAUGGCAGAUAGUGUUAGCCCACCAGGAAACAUCUACAGCCAUUUAAUAUCGACAGAGGAACCUCAAGUUAAAAACCGGACCAUGUAUCAGUCCAAGUUCAGGACAUCAGUUGUUGCCGAGAGUAAAUUAAAUAAAGAUACAAAGAAGACGAUGGGACCAGCAAAAGUAGAGGUGCCAGCUCCAGACAAAUUCCUCAAAAAGCAUUCAAAGGAGUCCAGGCCACUCAAAGAAAAAGUUGACCAUGACACCUGUACUAUGAAGAAACCAGCUGUUCCUCUGAGGGCAGAUCGUCCACUUAUGGGCCAGCAGAGAAACACAGACUUCAUAAAGACAAAUAAAACAAUUCCACUGAUGACACAGAAACUAAAACCCGCCUUUACAGACACCAGCAGAGGCCACAAGCAGCGACUCGAGGACUCAGGCCUUGUUCCUAAAUACAUAAAGAAAAAGGAUUUUGGAGAAAUACCCGAAUACCUGCAACACUUCAAUGAGGAGGUUCAAAGAGCUCAGGAGGAGUAUGACAACUACGUGAAAGAACAGAAGGAGAAGGGAGCUAUGAAAUGUCUGUCUGCGGAGGAGCGACAGACAAUCCUGGAGGACCUGAAAAUGAAGUGGGAAGAGCUGCAUCAUGAGUACCAGGGCCUCCCGGUUGUCAUAGAUACCCCGCGGAAGAAAUCCCAGAAGGAACGUCUGGAUGCAGCAAUGAAUCAAUUGGAGAAAGACAUCAACCUGUUUGAGACAUUCAAGACCAUCUACAUUUCCAGCCAAUAGGACCGACAGAAGUCACUUUACCUGCAUCAUUAUAUAACAU